AUGAGUGUCACUGGCACCACUGCUCCAGAUGCCAAUAAUCCAUCUAUAGAUGAUCCACAGCAUGGUUGUACAUCCCGACCAAAGAAAUCCACUCGAAGUCUCGACUUCAUCAUACGAAACGGCCUAGCAGGAGGCAUAGCAGGCUGCGCCGCCAAAACAAUAGUCGCCCCAUUAGAAAGAGUCCGAAUCCUCUUCCAAACCUCCCACGCCACCUUCAUCCAGUACACAACACACUGGACGGGCCCCCUCAAAGCCGCAAAACACAUAAAAACCACCCACGGACUCCCCGCCCUCUUCAAAGGCCACACAGCAAGCCUCCUCCGCAUCUUCCCAUACGCAGCCAUAAACUUCCUCGCUUACGAACAGCUCCGCGAAGCCAUAAUCACAACAACCGAAAACGAAACACCCUCGCGCCGAUUUCUAUGCGGAAGUAUAGCCGGCGCAAUCUCAACACUACUCACAUAUCCACUUGAGUUAAUCCGCACACGUCUCGCCUUUGAAACACAGAAACAUUCCUCCUCAUGGCUGGGAAUUACGCAGAAGAUAUGCUCCGAGAACACAGCUGGAGGCAGGACCGGGCUCUCGAAUCUUUAUAGAGGUAUUGCACCGACGAUGUUGGGGAUACUGCCGUAUGCGGGGAUGUCGUUUUUGACGCAUGAUCAAAUUAAGGAUUGGCUCCUUUCUUGUGGGGCUCUUGCUGGUAUAGUUGCUCAGACGGUCUCGUAUCCGAUUGAGAUUGUUCGGCGACGGAUACAGGUUGCGGGUGUUGUUGGUGACCGCUUGAGCAUUGUCGAGACGAGCCAGCGGGUCUUUCGAGAGAGAGGUGUUAGAGGGUUUUUUAUUGGAUUGAAUAUUGGAUAUGUGAAAAUGGCGCCUAUGGUGGCGACGAGUUUCUAUGUUUAUGAUCGGAUGAAGCGAUAUCUGGGUCUUGCUGUCUGA